AUAGGCCCGCAUCAAGACCUAAGGCUGGGGGCGGCACCACCGUUUGGCGGGAGGUGGGACAACGACUAGACCGAGCCCCCCGGGGUGGGGGGGCGGGGCCUCAGAGUGCUGCAGGAGCCCAGGGUUGUGGAUUCUGUGCGACCAAAACCUGUGAGGCUUCCCUGCUUCUGGGCUAAGGGAACCUGCAGCCAGGUCCUGGGGAAACAGUGGGCCUGCGGUGCACAAGGCCCCAAUGGAGCCCUUGGGCUCCCGUAGAACCGCCUGGCUCUCCCGCAGUCUCUGAGGAGCAGCUCGACCUUCUCCCGACUCUGGAUCUGAGGCAGGAGAUGCCUCCCCCGCACGUGUCCAAGAGCUUCCUGAGCCUACUCUUCCAGGUGCUGAGCGUGUUGUUAUCCCUGGUAGGAGACGUGCUGGUCAGUGUGUACAGGGAGGUCUGUUCCAUCCGCUUCCUGCUCACGGCUGUGUCACUACUGAGCCUCUUUCUGGCAGCACUCUGGUGGGGGCUCCUGUACCUCGCCCCUCCUUUGGAAAAUGAACCUAAGGAGAUGCUGACUCUAAGCGAAUACCACGAGCGCGUGCGCUCCCAGGGGCAGCAGCUGCAGCAGCUCCAGGCUGAACUGGUUAAACUCCACACGGAGAUGUCCAGCGUUCGCGCCGCCAACAGCGAGAGAGUGGCCCAACUCGUAUUCCAGAGGCUGAGCGAGGACUUUGUGCAGAAACCCGACUAUGCGCUGAGUUCUGUCGGAGCCUCCAUCGACCUAGAGAAGACAUCCCAGGACUAUGAGGAUGCGAACACUGCCUACUUCUGGAAUCGCUUCAGCUUCUGGAACUACGCGCGACCGCCCACGGUUAUCCUGGAGCCAGAUGUGUUCCCUGGAAACUGCUGGGCUUUUGAGGGUGACCAGGGCCAGGUGGUGAUCCGGUUGCCGGGUCGUGUGCAGCUGAGCGACAUCACUCUGCAGCAUCCACCACCCACUGUGGCACACACCCCGGGGGCUAACAGCGCCCCACGUGACUUUGCAGUCUAUGGCCUCCAAGUUGAUGACGAGACAGAGAUCUUCUUGGGGAAAUUUACCUUCAACGUGGAGAAAUCUGAGAUUCAGACUUUUCACCUACAGAAUGACCCCCCAGCUGCCUUUCCCAAGGUGAAGAUCCAGAUUCUAAGCAACUGGGGCCACCCCCGUUUCACGUGCUUGUAUCGAGUCCGAGCCCAUGGUAUUCGAACCUCAGAGGGGGCAGGGGACAGUGCCACAGGGGACGCCCAUUAAACAUGCUGAUUGUUGGAGUAGAGUGGAAGUCUGUCUGAAAGAAGCUGGAUCAGUGCUGGGAGGUCUGUUGUGGGCAGGGAGGCUGGCACUCUAGUUGCCUUUGGUACAUAAAUGUGGAGGGGGGGGGGGGCAUCUAUCAAAGUGCCGCCUUCUUGGAGAAGCCCAGAUCAGUAUAGUAGCAGCAGUAGCUCAUGUGUAUGGAGUGUUUACCAUGCACCUAAGACAGUUCUCUGGAUGUUAUAUGCCUUCUCUAACUAAUCUUUACAACCACAGAGGGAGAAACAGCUUAGAUCAGGAAAGUUGCAAGGUCACACGGCUAGUGAAGAGCUGAGCCACAGUGGGACCCUGAGCCUACCUUUCUCUAGAGGGUGCCUUCUUGUAGAGCUACCAGUCGGCAUGAAGCCGUGCUGUGCCCCUCACUUCUCAUCCCAACUCUUGCUAGGUGCAGGUGGAGGCAGAACUUCCCUUUUUUCAGGUAAAAUCUUAGGGAGACUUGAGAACCUGUAGGGGACAUGAGUCAGAAAUGAUGCAUGCCUGACUGUCCCUACUCAGGUUGUUUUCACUAAAACUUGAGUGUUCAACUAUGCUAGGAACAGUAUAGGUGGUAGAGUGUUGACCAGUCCCUGCCCUCCAGGAGCCUGACAGGGAAGAGAAGACGCUCCAGAAAAUGGGACAAUUCAUUUAUUGAUCCAAGAACUCUUCAUUCCAAGGGUCAAAAGUAGAAUUGGAGGGAAAAAGACGGAGGAGAUGGACAUCAAAGGAUUAAUGAGUUCUACCCGGGCAGAGGGCUUGAAAGGGGGAAAAAGUGUCAAAGAAACACAUGCAACAUCUUGACUGUUAGGAUCCUUUCCAGUGUGUUCAUGUUUUGGAAGAAUCUACAGACUAUGAACAGUGUUCUAACUCUACAAAGUGGAAUGCAAGAGUAUGUGUGAGAAUGGAACAUGUAUCCAUCUGUUUAAAUCUGGGGGUUAUUACUUUUGUAAUUUGAAGACAGAGGGAAAAGAAUCUAUUGAGUACUAUUAAAGUCUGAAGUUUUGUAACUAA